AAGAGAUAUGCUUUCUUGGUUUCGAGCGUGUAAACCGAUUGAACCGUUUCGGUAUGUUUCGGGUCUUCGUCAUAUUCCAUAAUGCAAAUAAAGAGUAGCGGUAAUGAUUGUGGCUGUUCCGACGGACCAGUUGGAUGAAUGGUGGCAAGUGCUGCGAACUCCGCCCUGCCGAUCUUUCUUUCCGCCGCCGCGUUGCUGCUGGCCGCGUUGACGGGCGCCGUGCUCUGUGCGGUCUAGCGUGAGUGCGACGCCACUAUGAACAGCGUGAUGGAAGACGUGUCGUCGACGUUUGCGCUCGACCCCCAGGAAGAGAUGCGGCUGCUCAAGGAUAAGGUCCGGCAGCUGGAGCUGCAAAACAAGCAGCUCCGCCGGAGCCAACAGCACCAGAGGUCCUUGUCCCCGUGCAAAACAGCCGAUUCCGAGAAGAACAGCAAGGAGCUGAAGCAGUCUCUCAACAUGAGCAUGUCGGACGAAGGCAACGAGAAGUCCUCCAAGGAGAGCUCGCUCGAGGACCUCGGCCUCAUCGACGUCGAGUUUAUGUCAGAGCUCGACGACGAGACCUGGCUGUACGAGCCGCCGGAGACGGGAGCCGGCGAGGCGACAGCUCUGACCAGCGAACGGGUGACCGCCGAGCCCGGUGCCAGGGAAUCCGUCGCUGUCAACAGCAACGCUCGCCUGUCGCUAGCCGACAAGCUGGACGAAAUCACGCAAUUGGCGUCAACUGCCCAAAAACUGCGACAGAUGCUUUCUUGUGUUAAGAGCAAUUCAGGGCCAAACAGAACAUUUGAUUCACGCACAUUCACGCGUCCCCGGCGGAGGCGACCAGCACUUGAUCUGGAGGCAAUGCCGACAAUUGCUGCCGUGGAAACAGGAUCAGCAAGGGAGUUGCCCGUUCAGCCAACGACUAGCCCAGGGGUCAUGUCACCCAGCAAGGAGGCACCCUCACCAAGUAGCCCUGUGCCACCAGUAGUCCCGACACAGACGUUAUCACGUGCACCUGUCAAUGUUCACGAGAUUGCUCGACUUCAGGAAGAGAGUUUAAGACUGAGCUCUCCCAUAUCUUCUCCGAAGCGAACAUCCAUGGUUAGUGCUAGACUCAAUGAAUCAAGGCCUGAAGAUUCCUGCUCGGAUGACCGGCACGAAGUUCAUCAAAGCAGAGUACAGAAUUCGGAAGGGGAUGCGAGGCAGCGAAUCCGCACACCCCCUUUGACCUUGGCACGGACUUUGGAGAGCCAGAGCCCAUCACCUGGAAGCAGUCCAUAUGGCUCGAACUCUUCCCUUCAUCAAAUAUCUCAAAUUCCAAGCAAAGGUGCAACGCGAAGGAGCCUGCCUAACUUGAGCAGGGUGCUGAACGGACUGGGCACACGCAAUCCCAGCGCAACUGGCCACCAGUCCAAGCAACAGCAACCGUCGCUAGGCCAUCGAAACAAUCUUAGCCAGCUCCCUCAGCCCGAGAUCACAGGCCGCUCCGCAUUGCCCAUGUCAGCACGCGCCCGCUCGUCCUCUGUGGCAGCGGGUGCACCGGCACCCCCAUCGGGGCCUUCCUCAGCCAGGACAUCCCAAACGGGAAGGCGCUCUCUGGGCGUGCCACAGAGGGUGUCUCAUGCAUCACCCCCUUCUCGUAUGCCACCACCUGCACGGUACAUGCCUGCACCCCCUCCAGCUGCACCGCCAGCAGCAGCAGCUGUGGCAACAACUUCCGGUCCACAAAGGUCAGGGCUGCCACGGCCUUCCCGGAUCCCGCCACCACGUUCGCAGAAGAGAACGUAGAUGCAUGGAAUGUGUCACUGUAAAGAGAACGAGGUUUGUUGUAAGUUGCCACUGCCUGGAAGAUGGUAGCCGAUACCUGCUUUUGAUCAUAUAUUUGCCAAAAAUUGAGAAGGAAACUGGCAGAAUAGUCUCGCAACACUGCACCUUGUGAGGACAUAACCAAACUGUCGGCGGAAGCUCAAGUCUGUUUGAUCUAUAAAUUUGGAAUUUAAAAUUAUUAUGUGAUAUUUGUAUUCCUUAAGUAGAACAUAUUUCUGACAAAUAUUUUAGGUGUGAUGUGUUUCACUGCACGCGUGAAGUGCUUUAUUAUCAUGGCCAACGUAUGCAUUAACAUGGGCUAUCCACAUUAAUAAAAUAUCGCAUAAAACGUGUUUCAGUUGAGUUUUCAGCAACGUCCCAGUGCAAUGUAAAAUGAAUGCACUAGUGCUGGGCCGCUGUUUCCAAUCGCUGAAACAGUUGCACGAAACAUUUGCAUGUGGAUGCACGCAAGAAAUACAUUGUAAAUGCAUUCAAUGUGGUUGUUGCUUUGUUAUUUUGUGAAGAGUGCAGUAACAACACACAAAAUUUUAGGUUUUUCGGAAUAGUGAUUAAGCGUUCACUUGUUAAUCUAUUUUAUCCUAAUGUUCAUUUAGCUUAGUUAAGCAAAAUGAAGUUUAAGCUUUGUUACUAAACUCUGCUGCCAUGUAGCACAAGUUAGGACAGGAUAUGGAUAAUUGUACUGUUGUUUCAGUAGAAUAACUGGUGCAACACAUUGAUAAUCUGGUAGUUUCUGUGCCGAUGUGGGUUUUGCUAUGCAUUUUUCUGGAGGCCGUUGCACCAAGAAGUAUCUACUAUCUUUUUCUGCUUGGUUUGACAGUGUAAAGCUAGAACUGGUGUUCUCAUUGACCUAUUGGCUCCCAAGUCCAUGCUCUGCUCAUCCUAGCAGUUCACGUGAAUUUUUGCCAGAGACGAGUUCUAAUUGUCUGGGGUGCAGUUGUUCUUCCUUUGCUUGCCAAAAGCAAACCGCACAAAUCUUAUUUCACAUGGUUCAGUUGAGUUUCUUAGCAAUACAUUUUCUUAGAUGUUUUAUUCUCUGCUAAGACAAAUACAGCUUGAAACACACAUUUCUGCUGUUCUUUUUUUAUUAUUUUUUUUCAGGAAGUGUUUCAUGACAUGUUAAUUAUAGACAAGCUGUACAUGUAAUGUGCAAAAAUUUGGCAGAAUACUAUUUUGGAAAAUUUGUAGUUUUGCUUGAAACAACUUGAGUAUCAGAGGGUUAAUAUUAAAUGAUGCAUGCUUAUUUAUUUUUGCUUGACAUUAGUGGCACUGUGUGUUAUAAGCACAGCUAAUACCUUUAUUAGGUUUUGCUUUAGCUGGUGAAAAUCAAGGCCAUCGUUGCUUAUGAUUCCACUUCACCUUCAGGUCUGGAAUUCCUGCCUUCAGCAGGAAUGCUGCAAUGCCAUCAAGGUUUACAGAACCGGAUGACGACUGGAGUGACGGUUGUUACUGAAAAUGCCACACCAUAGGCAGCCAUGCUCCUGUGCAUCUUAUAUUUUUUCAUAUCUGCAUUUUGCAAUGGGUUCUUUUUAAUUAUUUUUCUGGCGAGCACUUGUGUGUACUCCUGGAUUUUAGCGAAGAGGAAAGCGCAUCAUUGUUGCGUGCUCUGCUGCCUUUGGCAGAGUGAUGUUUUGCGUUAUCGAAUGUCCAUUACUCAUCUCAAAGUUGUGUUUGUUGUCGGGAGAAAUUGCAGCACAGCUUUGUAUUGUAAUGUGUUGCAAGACGCCGAGAGGCAGCGUCCCCAGAGAACAUUUACCAUGGUAGCUGCAAGGCAGCGCUACAAUUAAAGAGCAACAUUUUCUUCAGUAAAUAUUUCGGACGUUAGCCAGAAACUGUCCCUGUUGUUUGGCCAGCUGUGGUUCCGUGGCAUAAGUUGCAAGUCUGGUGCCAUAGGGCUGAGCCAAUGAGUUUGUUGCCAUGAGCAAACAACAUAACGGAGGAGAGUUCAUCUCGAAGAAAACUCUGAGGGAUUGCUGCAAAAAGGCGUGUUAGGUUUUUGUGAUUCCAGAGCAACGUUUCCACACGCAGUCGCACUUCAGAGCUUUGUUCCAGCUAAACCCACAUGUUGCAGAUGCCAAGUUAUCCAUAUAUAAUCUUGUGACUUAACCGAAGAACUUGCCCCGAGCUGUUCCUGCCACACCUGUCAGUGCCCCAAACCGAAAUUCUGGCAGCAUUGAAGACCUCUUGUUUAGCUUACUGUGUCAUCUUGUCUCUUGCUUUUGUGUUGCACAGUCGGGGCAGGCAAAAUAAUGUCUUACAAGCCCAUCCAUUCCUUCUCUCUGUUUGAGCCUGGUAUGUUAUUGCUCACAUUUUAAACCCCGUUGUCUCUAACAUUCGGUACUUUUUUCAUAUGAGGCAGUAGUGCUGCCUAUAAGUAGAGAUACUCCGUUGUGUUUCGGUUUUGGAGGCUCUGGAAACUAGUGGGUCAUUGGAGCUCGGCUGUGCCGAGAAAGGGGGUGGGGGACUCUCUGCAUUUAGAGCAAUAUUACUGUGAUAUAUUUAUAGAGCUGCCCAUGCAAGACCUUUUUUUAUUUCGUAAAUGCUUCCGAUUCUCCUCUUUUUUUCGGCCACGUGAAAGAAAGUCUGGAGAGGUCAAAACUUCCCUGUUCGAGAGAUGUCGCGUCUUAUCAAGACUGGUAUGAAUGUCUCCUCACAAGUACAACCUGAAGCAGCAGUCAUCGCCGACUGCUGUUAUUGCUAGCUUGUACAUUAACGUUGCAGGGUUUGUUGUGGAAGCUGGGAACAACAUUUGUCUCGGCUUAGGUGCUGCAUGCUUGCACUGUAUCCAUGCAGAUGCUACAGUGUUGACAAAUGCAUUGUGUAUAUACAACUGCUGUUUUUCUAUCAAACAAUAAAAUUGCUUGCAAGAGAA